CACCGCAAGCCCUUCUUUCCCUCGCCCAUUCAGGACCUCGUCUGCCGCCACCGCCAUGAUCUCCAAGGUUGUGCUUCUCCUGGUGCCCCUGGCUGCCGUGCUGGCUUUUCCUGCUGACCUCAACACCUAUAAACAGGAAGGGAUGCCAUACAACUUCGCUUACGAUGUGAAGGACGACUACGCCGGGUCUGACUUCGGCGCGCAAGAGAACUCGGACGGCAACACCGUGCGAGGAUCCUACACCGUGGCGCUCCCCGACGGCCGGAAGCAAACGGUGAACUACGAGGCCGACCACCACAAGGGCUUCGUAGCUGAGGUGAACUACUACGGCGAGGCUCAGUACCCCCACGAGUACGGUCCCGCCAUCACCUUCAAGCCCAAGUACCAGAGCUCGGGCAGCGGGUACCAGCCACAGCCCUCAUACCAGUAGUCAAGCCACGUUUAUACACUUUGUUGAGAAUAUCAUUUGUGAAUGAAGUUACGGGGGUUGUGUAAUGGAAUAGCACCUAAGUCAGUUACUGCGCAGUGUAAUAGAAUACAGAUGAUACAAUAAAACAAUCACACUAACUUGA